CCGAGCCCUGUGCACCGGGGAGAAGGGCUUCGGCUACAAGGGCUCCAGCUUCCACCGCGUCAUCCCCGGUUUCAUGUGCCAGGUAGGGCCUUCCACCGCGUCAUUCCCGGUUUCAUGUGCCAGGGAGGGGACUUCACGAACCACAAUGGAACCGGAGGCAAGUCCAUCUACGGCACCAAGUUCGCCGAUGAGAACUUCACCUUGAAGCACGGCGGGGCGGGCACUCUCUCCAUGGCCAACGCCGGCCCAAACACGAACGGGUCCCAGUUCUUCAUCUGCACAGCCGAGACCAGCUGGCUGGACGGGAAGCACGUGGUGUUCGGCACUGUGGUGGAGGGUCUUGACGUCGUGAAGAAAGUUGAGGCUUACGGUUCCAGCAGCGGCAAGACCAGUGCCAAGAUCGUGGUCACAGAUUGCGGCGAGCUGUGAACAGGCACUUCCUCACACACCUAUCGGUCCUCUACAUUCCUCAUGGUGGAGAUUUGUCCCCCCCCUACCCCCCCGCCGCCCCCUGCCCCCCCCCCCACCCUCAUCCGUCCCUCCUUAAUUUGGUCAUGUCCUUGUCUUAACUAGCUGAAUUUGUGGGCUUGCCUUCUGAGGUUUUUUGUUUUGCAUUUUAGAAGUCCUGCAGGGCUUCAAAUUUGUUUUUCAAAAAUCCGAAAUAAAGGGGAACAAAUUACCUUAAAAUCUGGUGUGGGAUUUUUAAAAUGUGUACAAAUUAAUUUUUUUAAUGAUAGGUGAGUGUUGCAUUUUAGAUUUUUUUUUUUUUUUUUUUUUUUUUUUUAUCCCCAUCUAUUGUUAUUCAUUAGCAUUAGAAGCCAAUAUUGAAGGACUUGUAGACCUUAUCAAAAUUGGGAGACCCUUAAUCCUAUUGAGAAACUGUCCACUUAAAUGUUUAGUCUGAGUCGACCUGUGGUCUGCAAAUUAAGUACUUUCAAUUUAAACGGGUAGUUGUAAUCUUGAGGUUGGGUGUCUUCGUAAAUUCAGAUUUACUGUUAUGUACAACUGUUGAACAGUGCUCCCAUUGGUUGCCUACAUUUCCGUUUUGUGUAUAAAUGUUUAGCAGAACUACCUGUGCUAGCUACAUUAGCCCAGCUACCACAAAAGGUUCUCGCAAUGUUACUGGAAUGUUUUGUCAAUGUUACAGCAUUGCCACCACAUGGCAGCGAUGUUGUGUGAACAUUGUGGGCUGGGAGGGAGGUUGCGUGUCCAAGAAAUCACAGCACCUGGCCUUGAACUUGACUAAAACUUGUACACGUAGAAAAUGUCCUAAUGUUUAAAAAUACAUUUGGCAAGCUUCAAAACUUAAUGUGUUUUGCACUUAGACCUGAAAUCUGAACAUUUUUUUUCCUAUGUUGGGGGGGGGGGUGGGGGUGGUGUUGCUUGUAUACUGUUUGAAUAAUUUCAAUUUUGUUCCAGCGGUAUACAAGUUGGUGAAGGUUUCACAAAUUUGGGGGAAGGCAAUGGAGCAUCUCACAUUCAUUUGCUCAUAAGAAAUCACAAACCUGGUUUGAAUUUUAUAUUCCGAGAGUCUCUGUGGUUCUGCAAAGGCCCAGUCUCCUUGGUUUUUUUUAAUUAGUUUUCAUCUUAAUCCUUAACCUAUUUAACCUGGGCCCUGGGUAGGAGGGAGGAGGAGAAAGCAGGAUAACUGAGUUAGCUGGAUAACUGUGCUGAGUUGAAACCCGGAACCCACCCCAAUCUAGACCGUGGACUGAAGUGAAAAGAUCUGUUCUGGGUUCUACUCGCCGCAGUUAUCCAGCUAACUUCGUUAUCCUGCUUUGUGAAACCACCCCCCCCUCGAAUCAGCUGCUUUCUCUUUGUAACAGAAUAUAGUAUUUAACUUCCUUCCAUUUAUUUGCAUUGAAUAUUUUAGUGGUAGGAAAAUGGUGCGGACUGAAUGGCCUGUUCUCCUCGUCAUGUUUCAGUGUACCAGUACAGUUUUAUAAUGCGGGCUUUAAGGGACAAUUUAAUAGAACAAAGUUAAAUUAAAAUGAUGUUAAUUGACA